UAACGCUGGUUAAUUCUGAAAGAAACGUUUUCCACUUUACGCGAAUCCUUCAUUUGAUCAAGCUGCGCUCCCGUAGUUGCGUCACAUGUUGACUUCUGCGGCUAAAGUUGGAGCUACCGAUAGCUUAGCAACAUCUUCUGGUGAAAGGGAAACCGACAGAGAGAAAAACACCGAGUCUGUGGCUUGUUCGCUCGUCGCUAGCGUAAACAUUUGGGAGGUCGUAAAGUGAAAGUAUUGUUCUGUGUGAAAGUUACGUGUUAGUUGCUGUAUUUGUUGCGACAUGCUAAUCCAGCUAGCUGGUUAGCUAGCCAGGAAGAGUUGAGACAUAACUGUUGGCUUCAGCCAACAUAGACAGCAAAGGAGCGAGCUGAGAGAGAGCUCCAGAUGCGGCUAAAGGAUCCCUUUUCUUUGAAAGCCGCCGACAUGACAAAGCGGACUAAUAAACCACGGAAACCUCGAGAUGAGGAGUCAUCAGAUGAAGUCAGUGGGUUGACAUGCCAACAUGUUAACAAAGCAGUGGACCUGAGCUCGGUGAAGAAGUCGGUCCUGUCAAGCGUGUGGUUGGUCUGCUCCGAGUGUCUGAGGGAGAGGACGAUGAUCGACGGUGAGCCGGCAGCGUCCCACGACAUCCUGGUCUGCCUCAAGUGUGGCUUUCAGGGCUGUAACCAAUCAGGAAUCCAGCAUGCCGUCAAGCAUCACCAGACUUUUCAUCCAGAGUCGCACUGUAUCACGAUCAGCCUGAACACGUGGAAGGCCUGGUGCUUUGAAUGUAACGAAGAGCUCUCUACACACUGCAACAAGAAGGCUUUGGCUCAGACUCUCGACUUUUUACAGAAGCAUUCUGUCAAGGCGACAUCAGGAACAUGAAGCUUCCCGCUCUUUCCUGUCUUCUGAUGUCAACAUUUAUGCGAGAGUGUCUUCCACCUCCAACC